CUCAGUUGCCGUCGUAUCGCGGAAAGCGAAACGCGGUUGUUUUCUUAAUUGUUUUCUGCUCUUGUCAUUCUAGUAUUGAAUAAAAUUUUUUUUAUUCAAUUUGUUAAAUAUAUAUUGCCGUCCGAGUGAUGUUUGUAUAUACUCUUUAAUUGCUAUUUUGUCUGAUAUUUUACUAUGUUAUUAGUGUUCUACAAAUAUGCAAAGUUCAACAAAUCGAUUCAAUAUUUUGCCUAAUUAUUUCAUCAUCAACUUGUUAAACUAACGUGGCCAUUUUAUGUUAUUUGUAUGCGCCUCACAACGAUAACGAAGCCGGCGAUUAAAUUUUGGCCUCGUAUCAGCACCUAAUCGGAAACUUAUCAGUUUGUGGACUAAAGUAAACGUGUCCCUCAAAUUAAUAUAAUAUAUAUAAAGAAAUAUCAACUUGAAAAUCGAUUCAGUUACACUUUGCACUCCGGAGAGUGAAGAAGACGUCAACAUGUCACAGCAGACAGGAUCUUUAAUAUCCUGCACAUUUGUGUGCCUUUUGCUGGCAUUCUUUGCUGGCCAAUCUUUGCCCGUGGAGGGUGCAAAUAUUUUGGGCGUAUUCACCAGUCACAGCCCAUCACAUCUGAUUAUUCACAUGUCCGCGAUGAAAGCGUUGGCGGAGGCAGGUCACAAUGUCACCGUUGUGUGCACAUCAGUGCCAAAGGUCACGCACAAGAGCAUCAAACAGAUUGUGAUACCAUUGACUGAAGAGGAGGAGAAGCAACUCAAUGCUGGCAUGACGGGCAUGGCCAAAGAGAAGCCAUCCAUAAUUAACACAUUCAAGAAUUUGUUGGGUUCACUGUCGAUGUACAUCGACAAGCAGGUGGAUGUGUUGGAGGACAAACGCUUCACGGAUCUCUACAAGAACAAGGAUAACAAAUUUGAUGCAGUCGUCUUCGGAUUCUUUUUCAAUUACUACCAAGUUGGAUUGGGCUCCCUAUUUAACUGUCCUCUGAUUCUGAGCUGGACGAGUGCACCCAUGUCUAUAGUCGAUGAGUCUGUUGGCAAUCCCGAACUUAUAGCCCUCGUGCCCAGCAUGAAUGUCGCAGUGAAACCUGGUCAAGCCAUGAACUUCAAACAGCGAUUGGCCAACUAUUUUGGCACAACGCUUUUCCGCUUUAUUGGCUUCUAUCUGGAGACGAAAAAUGUGGUAUUUUACGAUCGUCUGUGGGGUAAGAUUCCAGACAUGAUCAGUUAUGAUGAGGCGAAAAAGAACGUGUCGCUGGCCCUCUGCAAUAGUCAUGCGAUAAGCGAGGGACCCGUCAGGCCCAAUGUGCCCGCAGUGAUUGAGAUUGGCGGCAUACAGAUUAAGGAGAAGCCCGAUCCAUUGCCACAGGAUAUGCAGGAGUUUUUGGACAAUGCCAAGAAUGGUGCCAUUCUCCUCAGUUUGGGCAGCAAUCUAAAGAGUGAAAAUGUGAAGCCAGAGUCUGUUGAGAAGAUUUUCGAAACGCUGUCCAAACUCAAACAACGGGUGAUCUGGAAAUGGGAUGAUCUGAAGCAUACGCCCGGAAAAUCGGCGAAUAUACUCUACAAGAGCUGGCUGCCCCAGGAUGAUAUACUCGCUCAUCCCAAUAUCAAACUGUUCAUUACCCAUGCAGGCAAAGGAGGUGUGGCCGAAUCUCUGUACCAUGCCAAGCCCAUGUUGGCGCUUCCCGUCUUCGCCGAUCAACCCAACAAUGCUGAUAAGUUGGUUCAAUCGGGCUACGGGAUUCGUGUCGAUUUGUUGACCCUGGAGGCGGACGAGUUUAAGGCGAGCAUCAAGGAGCUGCUGCAGAAUCCCAUCUACACCAAAAAUGUGCAGGCAUUCUCGAAGCUCUAUCGCGAUCGUCCGAUGUCAGCUCGCGAAUCGGUUGUCUACUGGGUUAACUAUGUGUUGCGUCAUCAUGGCGCUGCCCAUAUGCAGAGUCCCCUUGUCCACAUGAACUUUAUUGCCGCCAGCAAUCUGGAUGUGUAUGCCUUCCUGGCUUUUGUACUCUUUAUUGCUUCGCUGAUCAGCUUUGUUGUGCUGAGAUUCUGCUAUCGAAAAUGUUGUGGUGGCAAAGGCAAGCCACAAAAAUCAUCCCAAAAGUCAAAGGUCAAGAAGCACUAGUUUUAUUUGUUUCCAGUAAGGCGAUGGGUGCUUAAAUGUAAUUAGUAAUUUAAAAUCGACAAUAAAUUUCGAGAUAUGUACAUAUGUAUGUAUAAAAUGUUAGAAA